AUGAGGUCUGCUAAAGCUGUCGUCUCUGAAAAACUCGCCCGCCUCGGAGCGUCCAGCAUGUCUUACCACGGCGGAGCGCACGUCGCCAACCGGCCUCCCCAUACUAUCACCUCUUUGCGACGCUGGUCGAUUGUGAACAAGGAAUUGCCCGUGUUCCUCAGUCCGUUGCCCAACCCGCAAAUAUGGCACGGCUCUUCAGUGGGUUUCCUACAAACAGAAGAUAGCUUCGCAACCGGCGGUUGGUGGCAUGAUCCCAAUAUCCUCGGUGCUACUGGAAAGGGCCUGGAGGUUGAAGAGCCUCGUGGAUGGGAAGGCUGGUGGAAUGACAACAUUCUGCGCUUAGUCAAGAUGAGCAUGGAGCAAAAGGAUGCCCUCACGGUUCUCCUGACUGGCCGCAGUGAGGCUGGUUUCGCGGAGACCAUCAAAAGAAUGGUAGCGAGCCAGAACCUGGAAUUUGACCUCAUUGGCCUCAAGCCAGAGGUUGGCCCGAAUGGCCAACGCUUUGCUACCACCAUGGACUUCAAGCAGAGUUUCCUAGAGGAUCUGGUUCUCACUUACGAGCAGGCCGAAGAAAUUCGCGUUUACGAGGACCGCGUCAAGCAUGUCAAAGGGUUCCGGGACUUCUUUGAGGCUUUGAACAGGAAUCUUCAGGUUGGACCUGCUGCUACCACACGAAUGCCUCUCCUCGCCGAGGUCAUUCAAGUAACGGAAGGUUGCACGUAUCUUGAUCCCGUUACUGAGACCGCUGAAAUUCAACGCAUGGUGAAUUCCCAUAACCUUGCAUUGCGCAAUUCAGCCCUCAACCGCAGCAAGAGCCGGAACGGACGCUUACAGAUCAAGCGCAUUGUCUUCUACACAGGGUAUCUGGUUACCCAGGACGUGUCAAACAACAUGACUCAAAAAUUGCUGGGUCCAAUGCUGCCUCCUGGGCUUGCUGAAUCAAAUGACCUGAAAUACAUGGCUAACAGCAUCCUAAUCACACCCCGCCCCGCAUCCCGCUCCAUUCUGGACAAGAUUGGUGGUAUGGGCAAGACACUAAAGUGGCAGGUCACCGGAACUGGAAGCCUGGAUAACAAGAUCUGGGCAGCCCGCGUGGCCCCCAUUCCAGCAACCGAACCAUUCCACACAGAGAACCCACUGCCUAUUGUAGUAUUGGCUGUUCGCAAGGGUGCCCGUCUGAUCGAUGCAGGCAAGAUUCAGAACUGGCACCCCCUUCCCGCUGACAAGGCUAUGACUUUUGAUACUGUCAUUGGAGAGAAGGUGGUUUUGCGAGUUGAAGAGAUCGGGGACUCCCGUGUUGGUGACCGCCCUUUCAACAAAAGCCAAAAGAGACGCUUCCAGGGUGAUCAAGAUGAGGCCAACUGGACACCUCAGCAGCACAAUGGCCAUGAAGGCCCUCACCAGGCUCGUGGCAAUUACCACCAUUCCUACCGGGGUGGUGACCCGCGGUACCAGCAUGAUGAUAAUCAACGAGGAAGAGGUCACCGUGGCCGUGGUCGAGGUAAUGGACGUGGUCGUGGAAACAACCCUCGGGGUCGUGGCCGGGGCCGUGGCCGCGGAGAAUACUACCAGUACAAGUCCCUGGACGAUCAUGGAAACUCGUAUGAUGCCCAUGGAGGCGGUCAUAGUGGAGCUGCCACCAGAGGGGGCUACUCCAUGGACUAUUGA